UGGUUUACUUUGCUCAGAUAUUACUAACCAGCUGACUGACUCGUGUCACCGGGGAGUUUUUGCGAGCAGUAGACGAUGAAACACGUUAGAUAGCUGCUCGGUUUCAAUAUGUCUCUUUUAACUGUUUGUGGCAAGAUCGGUCGUCCAGGCAUUGACGGACAACACCAAGGCAAAUGGGGAGGUUGUGCUGAUGGUGGUUUGGCUUAUGUGUGUGUCGUGGCCGUGUUAGCCGAAAGUGGAGAGUCCAGCUUCUGGUGCCAGUCACAUCCGCAUGGAUCCGGGAGGAAGUGACCUGGAGCCCGACUUGUCCCAGCUGGACAACCCCUGCCUAAUCGUAGAGGACUCCCAGCCGGACAGUGCCGCCCUAGAGGAGGAUCCGGACAGCAGCUAUCGUGCCCUUCUGACCCGUCGCCUCUCCAGCCUGCAGCCCACCUCUCACAGUCCUGUUCUGGAGCUGAUAUCGUCACCGGCUGGUAGCAGGUGUUCGCAGAUCGACAGCCAAUCAGCAGUGGCCCAGAGCAGCAGGCCGCACAGCCCAGCCACAAUGGAGUCGUCCUCUGCUCAGGGGGCCAGUCAGGUUCUUGAAGUAGCCCCGCCCACCAAUCGGAAAAGAGAUCUGCCAGCUGCCAACGGCAAGCAAUCAGAGGAGGGCAUGGAGAUGGAGAGCAGAGCCGACUCCACCACCCCCUGUGUCCAGUCAGAAGGUGGGGAUUGUUUCGGCUUCCUCGAGCUGUCGGAAUCUCAGGCAGUCGAUGGCGGGCUGGACACCGAUGCAGACGGGCGGGGGCCUGCGCUGGGAGGAGCGGAGCCGAGCCGUGCGGAGGGCGACCAGGGCAGCGCGUCCAGACGGUCGGAGGUGAGCUCCAGCUGUAGGGAGGGAACGGCAAGGAGCGUCCGGGAGGCGCGGGACACUCCGGGCCCGAAGCCCGAGGAGAUCCAUCAGGCCCAGAAGCUGGAGGACGACUCUGAUGUGCCGUCCUCCCAGGAUGACAUGUUUGAGGUGGAGAGAGGUGACGCCACAGGAGUGGACAGCACGGUACCCGAGGCAGGGCUCUGCUUGCUACCAACGGCAACCCCGGCAAACAGCCUGCACCUUCUGCAUCUGUCGGGCCAAGGCACUCUGGUGCAGGAGAGCCUCUCCCAGAGCUCUGUGGAAUUUGUGGCUCCUACUCAGGACCGUUUGAGUCAGACGCCUCUAAUUGUGCCAAACUCACCCACAGCACAAGAUGAAGCCGUCGAGGAGCCCAUGGACACAUCGCUGCCUCCUGAGGAGCCGCGGUCCUGUCACAGAGAGGAGGAGCCCAUGGACAUGGAUCAGGCGCUUUCCCAGUCCAGCGCCGUCCCCAGGCCGGGUCCGGCUGCAUCCACACCGCUGUCCCAGAAUUCCCCUGGCUUUGCGCUGGAGAAAAGCCUCUCUAUGCCAAGCCAGCCUGACUUCUCACAUGAUGUGUUUGUCCCAACGCUGAGCCAGGGAGACGGAAAAAGCCGCACAGGGUCCGAGGCGCUAAUGGAGAAGGUUUCCCAGGCAACAACGAAGGCGACGCCCAGUGAGCAGCAAGCCGGCGUCGUCGGGCGCUCUCAGCCCAGCCUGUGCCUCGAGCUGUCUACAAGCAGCCCCCUCCUCCAGCCGGUGCCGGAACAGGAGGGGGAGCAGCUGGAGGACAGUCAGGCCACCCAGAUAGAGGAGCCCCUGGGGGUCAUUGGGUCUGUUCCCACCCUGGAUGUGUCUGAGUGCCGAGGUCAGCACGAGGAAGUUGGUGAUCCUCCGACACGUCCUCCAAGUCAGCUGGACGGUACCACAGCGUGUGCCGCAAUCAGGCCCGACGGCGAGGAGACGAGGAGAUCCACGGACGAUGUCGCACGGGAGCCACCCUCAGAGGCCAACGGGCCCGACGCCAAGGUCGUCACGGAAACCAUCGACUUGACGACAGCUGCUGAGUCGCAGGCUCAAGCCAUGGUCUACUCCCAGAAUGGCAGUGACAGUGCCCCAUCGCAGAAAGCAGGAGCUGUGGACCUGACAGCGAGCGAGGCUCCAGUGCAGAGCCCCCCGGUGGCUGCGCAUGGGGACUGCGGGUCGGCCAGCCAGACACCGUCGCAGUCCGUGCUCCCAAGCGAGCGACCCCGGGAAGAGAAGGCGGAAGACGUGGUGAUGGAAAUUCAGCCGAGGAGUUCGGAGGCCUGUGAGGAGUUGGGGUCUGAGGCCAGCCGUCCUGAGCAUGAUGAGGGCAUGGAUGAGGGGGAGGCGGCCAAAGGCUCCGGCCUCUGUCUGGCGCUGUCCCAGAGCCAGGUGCUUUCCCCUGAACCCAUGGAGGAAGAUGGACACCUUGAGCGUGAGGAGCAGGGCGCCCCCAUGGAGGCCUCGACCUCCGCGAGGGAGGUGGGGUGUCAUGGCAGCAGCGAGGUCGCGGCGGAGGUCGCCGAUGAGUCGCGGCAGAUCAACACGGUCAUGCCGUCGCGGUCAGAUGAGGCCCAUCCCCCGACCGAGAACCGGAGCCCCCAGGACACCGGGCUGCUGGAAAACUUGGCGAAGAAGAAGCCGGCGUCCACCACCAACGGCAUGGAUGGGCCAGGAAGUUUGGGGCCCAGAAAGGCGGCGACGCAAGGCGCGAUGGCCGACGGGGGGGUGGCGCCGGUCUCUGGCGGGACCCCGAGCGACACCUCCGGAGAAAUCCCAUUUCACUUCACUCUCCCCAAAGAGGGGGAGUUAAUUCACCCGGUAACCACGGCGACCCCACCGCUGAUCAACCAGCUGAAGCAGACCCCCCGCCACAGCACACCUAUCGAAAUGAGCCCCUUUUCUGAGCGGUUGCCGGGCGAUGUCACCGCGGAGGUCGCCAUGGCAGCCAGCGAGAUUACGGUGGAGGAGAGUGGUGAGGAUGGCAAGAACGACUCAAACUUGGGUGAAUCGGAGCAUAACGGCAAGCUGAGUUUGAGGAUGAAGCUGGUGACCCCGGUGGAGGAAACGAGCUCUGGGUCCGAGCGUUUCAGCCUGCAGAAACCGGCGCUAGCAGAUAACGAAGUCUCCGUUUCCAAGGUUACCACCGUUGUCAAGGCCGUAACCAGCCCCCUGCCCAGCCCGUCGGUGUUCAGCCGCGUUUGUGAGGUGCGGAGGCAGGCAGAAGCCCCUCCCAGUGAGCCUGGCACCCCCACCAGGGGAGACCUGUUUAACUCGCCGCUCUCCCAGACGAGCGACUCGGAGCGGGACGUCCCCGGUCUCCUUGCUCAGAAGCCCAAAAGCUUGCCCCGGUGCAGCGCUGUCCCAGAGCCCAGCCGGCCAGGGGACCGGUCCCCCCGCUCCCAGCAGGAUGGGCCAAGGCCGACGGAAGCGGCCGGUGGCGAGGUCCGGGAAGAGGAACCUCCCGGCACGCCCAGGGACGCUGGGGGACCGGCUAGCCCACGCAGGCCAGAGGGGGGUGAGACACCCGGCGUGGAAACCAGCAGAACACCGCCAGGGCGGAGAGCCGUGUCCCAGCAAACCAGCUUUGAUGCCUCGCCUGGGCUGCCCAGCAGACUUCACCAGAGAGCUGUGUCCCAGCAAACCAGCUUUGAGGCCCUGGAGCCCCAGUUCCCAGCAGCACAGGGCGAGCCGGAGACACCCCCGAGGCCCUCCCACGGGCAGGCGGUCCGCAGGCACGUACGCACCAUCCGCGAGGUCCGCACCACAGUCACGCGCAUCAUCACAGACGUGUAUUACGAAAACGGCCAGGAGGUGGAUCGCAAGGUGACGGAGGAGUCUGAGGAGCCUCUGGUGGACUGCCGCGUGGUGGAGAACGAUGUGUCACCGUCACGUACUGGCAGCUCGAUGACCUCUGGCGACCUGGCCGACGUGAGCUCACUCUCCUCCAAGGCAUCGAGCCUGCAGCACAGCUCCAGCGGAACAAGCAGCGGGGGGGCGGGCCCUGGGCGGCAGGCUGACUUCGUUGUGCCCGUGGGCCGAGGGGCCAAAUCCCUCAGCCCCCGGAAAAUGGGUGGGCAACAGGGGGCACCCUGGGGGCCAGGAGCCUCGGAGUUGAUAGAAGGUAGAGGAAGGGCCCAAGGCCCUCGACCCCACACCCCGUUAACGCCCCGUGGAAGGGGCCGUCGGGGCAGGCCUCCCUCCCGAGGGGCCCUCAGCAGGGCCGCACAAGGCUCCGCCCUCACUUCCUCCCCGGAGGAUGAGUCUUACACACGGGUACGCAGCCGCGCGGAGGACAGUCCCGGCGUCCCCGACUCCCCAAGCACCCCGUCAGACGGCACAGGCUGUGCCAGCUCCAGCAGCUUCGUGGGGCUCCGAGUCGUGGCUAAGUGGUCCUCCAAUGGCUACUUCUACUCGGGCUGCAUCACGCGCCAUUCCGGAGCCGGCCGCUUCCGCUUGCUCUUCGACGACCGCUACGAGUGUGACGUGCCGGGCAAGGACAUCCUGCUGUGCGAUCCCAUCCCCCCGGGGACGGAGGUCACGGCGAUCUCCGAGGACGAGUACUUCAGCACAGGUGUCGUGAGAGAUCACAAGACGGAAGGCUCCGAUUUCUUCUACUGCGUAGAGAAGGACGGCCAGCGGAAAUGGUACGGGCGCAUGGCCGUCAUCCUGUCCAUGGAGCAGGGCAACCGGCUGAGAGAGCAGUAUGGCCUAGGCCCCUAUGAGCCGACCACGCCCCUCACCAAGGCUACCGACAUCAGCCUGGAUAAUUUGGUGGAGGGCAAACGGAAGCGCCGAGGAAACGCAGGGGUUAAUACCACCCCCGGCCAGAGCUCCAGCGACAGUCCUAGAACCCCGGGCCCCUCAGGGAAGAGGAAGCUGAUGGCCUCCAUGGAGGAGGAAAGGACCCCCUCCAAGCGAGGCCGUAGGUCCGCAGGGGCCAGAGCGGGCCAGCGUGGAGAUGCGUUCAACACCUCGGGCAGUGGCACCGACCUGCCUUCUGACCCCAAUGACCUCGAGGAGACCCACGGGCCCAUUCCCCAGAGUGCUUCACUCUUCCUGGGCUACGCAUUCCUGCUGACGGCCUCUUCGGAGCUGGACCGUGAAGCCAACCAUCCGACGAGCGACGCGGAAGAGGAAUUCGUGCAGACGGCCCCCUAUAACAAACGGUACACAGAGACCCAGCUUGAAGCAGGAGGGGGGUACGUUCUCCGGGACUUCAACGAACAGCAGUGCAGCGCGGCCUAUCAGAGCAUCCUCAUCGCGGACCAGCAAUGCCGCACGCGGAAGUAUCUGCUGUGUUUGGCGAGCGGCAUGCCCUGUGUAUCCCACAUGUGGGUGCGGGACUGCUGCCAUGACAACCAGCUGCUCAGCUACCGGAGCUACCUGCUGCCUGCUGGGAUGGGUCCGGACGGCAACCUGGUGGAAUGGCACUCUCGCCGGAAUCCUUUCAAGUCCAUGAGGUUCCUGCUGAUUUCUGAAGAGGCCACAGCCUUCCUGACCGACCUACUCAACAUGGGGGGAGCCUCCUCUGUACGCCAGUACCAGGGGGAUAGUAACAAUUCAGACCCCCCCGAGGGCACGUUCGACGUGGUACUGGCAGACCGCUCCUGUCCGCCCUCUGUGCAGAGCUGGGCUAUCUCUUUGGACCUCCCCCUGCUCUCCUCAGAGUGGCUCAUUCAGAGCCUGAUCUGUGGCGAGAAGCAGGACCAUCGAGUCCAACCCCGGUACCAGUAUGACUAUUCGCCCUGAACCGCAGCUGAUCCCAAACCAGUGCUUCUCAAGUAUUCUUAGGUCUAGUGCAUGCGUUUUAUGUACAUAGUUUUAAUUCCGACGUUUUUAUGGAAAAAUAAAUUGUGAUCGCUUCACUUUGUUUUUA